CACAACUUGUAUCAUUAUCAUCAUCAUCAUCACUUGAAUAAUUCUUUGACAGAUAGAAAAGAUAACUUCAGAGAUGGAGAAGUCAAUGAUCAAAACUCCGUUGAGAAAGCUAAGAAGAAGAAGAACAAAACGAUCCUGGAAACUGAAGCAAAAGCUGAAGCUGGCAUGGAAGUCAAUCAAGAUCCGGGUCAGGUCACAUCUACCGGGUUUCUUGUUAGCCAAGAAACGCCUCACGCACGUGAAAUCAAGAAAUCAAGAACCAGAAUUAGCCCAAGCGGCCCGUAGGAUCUGCAAAAUCUCCAACGACGCCACCAACUCGCUGGCCUAUCUCCUUCAGCUUCCAAAGUAUUCAGCCUCUGAUUUUCUAGACCGCGGCGACAUGAUGACUCCAGCUGCGUCUCCAAGGGAAAAUAUCUCCAAAGCGUGGCGUGAGCUUCACGGUUCCAAGAACUGGGAGAAUCUUCUUGAUCCUCUGCAUCCAUGGCUGAGGAGAGAGAUAACCAAAUACGGAGAGUUCGUUGAAUCAGUCUAUGAUUCACUUGAUUUCGAUCCUUUGUCCGAGUUUUGCGGAAGCUGUAGAUACAACAGGAACAAACUCUUUGAAGAGCUAGGUUUAACCAGACAUGGUUACAAGGUAACCAAAUACAUCUACGCCAUGUCUCAUGUCGAUGUUCCUCAGUGGUUCUUGAGCUCAUCUUUGGGGGAGACAUGGAGCAAAGACUCGAACUGGAUGGGGUUUGUCGCUGUGAGUGGAGACAGAGAGUCGUUGAGGAUCGGUCGGAGAGACAUCGUUGUGGCGUGGCGUGGAACCGUGACUCCUACUGAAUGGUUCAUGGAUCUUAGAACUAGUAAAGAGCCGUUCGAUUGUAAAAGUGAACACGGCAAGAAUGUGGUCAAGGUGCAAAGCGGUUUCUUCAGCAUCUACAACUCCAAAAGCGAGCUCACAAGGUACAACAAAGAAAGUGCAUCUGAGCAGACGAUGGAGGAAGUGAAGCGGUUAGUGAAGUUUUUUAAGGAUAGAGGCGAAGAGGUGAGCUUAACCGUGACCGGUCAUAGCCUUGGAGGCGCGUUGGCUCUUAUGAACGCUUACGAGGCAGCCAGAGAUGUCCCGGAGUUAUCUGGUAAUGUUUCUGUGAUCUCAUUUGGUGCGCCUAGGGUAGGUAACUUGGCGUUCAAGGAAAGGAUGAACAGUUUAGGUGUUAAGGUGUUGCGUGUGGUGAACAAGCAAGACAUUGUCCCUAAACUUCCUGGUAUCGUGUUCAACAAGGUUCUCAACAAACUCAACCCCAUAACUUCGAGACUCAGCUGGGUCUACAGGCACGUUGGCACGCAGCUUAAGCUCGAUGUAUUCACUUCGCCUUAUAUAAAACAAGAUUCUGAUUUAGCGGGGUGUCAUAAUCUCGAGGUGUAUCUCCAUGUUUUGGAUGGCUUCCACCGCAAGAAAUCAGGGUUUAGGGUUAACGCCAGGAGAGAUGUUGCCUCUGUGAACAAGAGCACAGAUAUGUUGUUGGAUCAUCUGAGAAUACCUGAGUGUUGGUAUCAAGUGGCACACAAGGGUCUGAUUCUCAACAAACAGACCGGUAGGUGGGUGAAGCCGGUCCGUGCGCCAGAAGACAUCCCCUCUCCCUUAUCGACCGGACCAAGACCAAUUCAUAGCUUAUGAGAAAAUAAUCUAUAUUUCAUUUCCAUUUGUUCGUUUUUUUAAAUCUUUUGUCUUUGUGAGUUUCGGUUACAAGUUACAACAUUUGAUGUGUUCAAAAAAAAAGUUAC